GCGCGUCGCCGCGCCUGCGCGCGCCUCCGCGGGAUGUGGCCCUCCACGUCCCCCACCCCGUGGAGGUGACUUUCCUCCCACAAAGCCCUGGCCGGGGACCCAAUCAAGGACAGGGACCGAAUAGCUGAGAAGCGGGAAAUGUCUGCUUAGUGCCCGUAGUUAACAUGGCGCCUGGCGCCUUCAGAGCCCAAGGAGGCCAAGUGAAAGCACGCCCACCACCGCCACUGAUACCCCUGCCACCAUGGACGACGCCCUGCCGCCCGCGCCCCAAGUCCCGGUCCCCGUGGUGGCUCAGGCGCCAGCACCCCCGGCCGCCACCCCCCGGGUCCCAUUUCACUGCAGCGAGUGCGGCAAAAGCUUCCGCUACCGCUCAGACCUGCGGCGCCACUUCGCCCGCCACACGGCGCUCAAGCCCCACGCGUGUCCACGCUGCGGUAAGGGCUUCAAGCACAGCUUCAACCUGGCCAACCACCUGCGCUCGCACACUGGGGAGCGGCCCUACCGCUGCUCCGCCUGCCCCAAGGGCUUCAGGGACUCCACCGGCCUGCUGCACCAUCAGGUCGUCCACACCGGAGAGAAGCCCUACUGCUGCCUGGUCUGCGAGCUGCGCUUCUCCUCGCGCUCCAGCCUGGGCCGCCACCUGAAGCGCCAGCACCGCGGUGCACUUCCGGCCCCGCUGCGCCCCCCGCUGCAGCCCAGCCCUGGCCUGCCGGCCCUGGGCGCCCCUUGCGCCGUCUGCUGCAACACUGGGCCCUGCUCAGUGUGCGGGGGCGCAGGAAGCGCGGGAGCUGGUGGCAGCGGUGGCGGUGGCCCCACGCCGCCUGGGGAGCCCGGGGAGCCCACGCCCAGCGCAGGCCGCAGCACCAAGAAGAUCUUCGGCUGCUCCGAAUGUGAGAAGCUGUUCCGCUCGCCGCGCGACCUGGAGCGGCACGUGCUGGUGCACACCGGGGAGAAGCCGUUCCCCUGCCUGGAGUGCGGCAAGUUCUUCCGCCACGAGUGCUACCUCAAGCGCCACCGGCUGCUGCACGGCCCCGAGCGGCCCUUCCCCUGCCACAUCUGCGGCAAGGGCUUCAUCACGCUCAGCAACCUCUCCCGGCACCUGAAGCUGCACCGGGGCAUGGACUGACGGGCCAGCCCAGAGGCCCGUCCCGCCCGGAGACCGCCCCCCCCCGGC